UGGUGUAGUAGGUUGAAUCUACAUGGAAAAUGUUAUUGCUUGUGGAAACCUUUCAGGAAAAAGGUCUCAUUUGACCAAGGACCACUUUGCAGACAGACGUUCCACCGCAGAGUGGCUACUACUGUGGUUUACUGCUAUCUAGAAACCCACCAAGAUGGCAACGUCUCUCCUCUUGUUGGCAUCGGUGCUGGUCCUCAGCAAUGUGGCUGUCCACAGCGCUUUCGCACCCGACUUGAUUGUCGGCAUGGCUAAAAUUCUCCUGGACAACUACUGCUCCCCGGAGAAACUAACUGGCAUGCAGGAGGCCAUUGACGCUGCAAGCAGCAACACAGAGAUCCUCAGCAUUCCCGACCCUGACACUCUCGCCUCCGUCCUGACCGGUGGGGUCCAGAGCACCAUCAGUGACACCCGGCUGGUCAUCUCCCAUGAACCCAACUACAUCCCAGCGGUGGCCCCUGUCUUGCCACCCCUGCCCCCAGACCAGCUCAUCGGUGUGCUCCAGAGCUCCAUUAAGCUGGAAGUCCUGGAGGGAAACAUCGGCUACCUGAGGAUCGACCACAUCAUCGGGGAGGAGUUGGCCGACAAGAUUGGCACCCUCCUUCUGGAGCUGGUCUGGAACAAGAUCCUGCCCACGUCCGCUCUGAUCUUUGACCUUCGCUACACAGGCAGCGGGGAUCUGUCGGGCAUCCCAUACAUUGUGUCUUAUUUCACUGAUGCCGAACCUCUGAUUCACAUUGACAGUGUGUACGACCGUCCCACCAACACCACCACCGAGAUGUGGUCUAUGCCCACACUGCUGGGCGAGAGGUACGGAACAAAGAAGCCUCUCGUCAUCCUGACCAGUGCAAACACCAAGGGAAUUGCAGAGGACGUCGCCUAUUGUCUGAAGAACCUCAAGAGGGCCACCAUCGUCGGGGAGAAAACCGCUGGCGGGUCCGUGAAAAUCGAAAAGAUCAAGGUUGGGGACACCGACUUCUAUGUCACAGUGCCCUCGGCUAAGUCCGUCAACCCCAUCACAGGGAAGUCCUGGGAGGUCGCCGGCGUGAUGCCCGAUGUUGAGAUUGAUGCUGAAGAUGCCCUGGCCGCUGCCAUUAAGAUCAUUAAUCUCCGUGCCGAGAUCCCUGCCAUUCUUGAGGCUACUGGCGCUCUGGUGGCCGACAACUACGCCUUUGAGAAUGUCGGAGCGGACGUUGCGGAGAAGCUGGCGGCAACGAGCGGUGACUACAACUUGAUAUCUUCAAAGGUGGAGCUGGAGACAAAACUCUCCGCUGACCUCAUGACACUGUCCGGAGACAAAUGCCUGAAGACCACCCACAACAUCCCAGCCCUGCCACCAAUGAAUCCAUCUCCAGAGAUGUUUAUUGAGCUGAUCAAGGUCUCAUUCCACACGGAUCUGUUUGAGAACAACAUUGGUUACCUGCGCUUUGACAUGUUUGGUGACUUCGAAGAGGUUCAGGCCAUUGCCCAGAUCAUCGUGGAGCAUGUGUGGAACAAAGUUGUUAACACUGAUGCUCUGAUUGUUGAUCUCAGGAACAAUGUGGGCGGACCCACCACUGCCAUUGCAGGCUUCUGCUCCUACUUCUUUGAUGCAGACAAGCAGGUCUUGCUGGACAAACUGUACGACAGACCCUCUGGCACCACUACGGAGCUGUGGUCUCUGUCUGAGCUCACUGGCGCAAGGUACGGCACCAAGAAGAGUCUGAUCAUCCUGACCAGCGGGGCCACAGCCGGCGCCGCCGAGGAGUUUGUCUACAUCAUGAAGAAGCAUGGCCGGGCCAUGAUUGUGGGCGAGACCACCAACGGCGCCUCCCACCCCCCUGAGACCUUCCGUGUGGGCGAGAGUGAAGUGUUCCUGAGCAUCCCCACCACCCAUUCAGAUACAACGCAGGGCCCCGCAUGGGAGGGGGCUGGGGUUGCCCCUCACAUCCCUGUGCCAGCCGACGCAGCCUUGGACACUGCCAAGGGCAUCCUCAACAAGCACUUCGCCGGCGCAAAGAAGUGACCUCCCUGACCGGGGAAGUUGGCAGCCAAAGGGGUUUAAGAUCUUAUGUUCUCAGAGGAACGAAGUAUUUAGGGUACAGUUCAAUGCACUUCAUUGACCAAGUCUAGGGAGCCAGCCUAUACACCUAAGCCUUCUUAUCGUAGCCUGUUGUAGUGUUCUCAUUUUGCAAGAAUAUGUGAGAGAUUAUGAACAAGAUUGUGAUGGUUUUUACUUAUAGUUUUUACUUACAAAAAAACUACUGUGAUUGUAGACGGAUUUAAGAAAUGUUAUACUGAAAUGUGACUCUUAAAGAAGUGGUUCAUAAACUA